UCGGUGUUUGGUGUUUGUUCUGUUUUAGGGGAUUUCAGUAAUUCGGGGUCAAGCCAUCGUGGACAUUAACGAAACCACGGAAAGGUCGGUCGAGGGACUGAGCUGAGUUUUUAGUCACCGAUCUCUUGAUAUUUAUAUAUAUAUUCGAGAUGGGCAGAAAUGAAGAGGACCGAAAAACGGAGCGCCUGAUUCGGGAAAUAGAGAAACAUGGCUGUCUCUAUGACAAAGAGUCUCCUUUGUACAGAGACAUCGACAAGAAAGACAAAAUAUGGAAGGAGAUAGCUAGUCGUGUUGGUAUGACCAUAAAAGAUGCAAGACAAAGGUGGAAGUCUGUGAGAGAUAACAUGCGGAAGAACCAAAACGCCAUGAAAGGCAAGCGUGGUCGGUCCGCCAAGACGGUCCGCCCGUACAAGUUCGGCGCUAUCCUCAAAUUCCUCAUUCCUUUCCUGGAAGAUCGAGAACCCAAGUCCAGUCUAGAAAAGGAUGAACCAACGUGUGACCAGAUGGAUGAAGAUAACGGCGAUUUUGAAGACAAUAUGAAAGAGGAAUUGCUGGAUGAAGAAACCGAAGUGACGUUUCACGCUGAACUUUACCAAUCAGCUGCUAGUUCUAGUAGUGAAACGUGUUCUGCCACCCCGACAACUACCCCGACAACUACCCCGCCAACUACCCCAGUUACCCACGGAAAAAGGAAGCGAAAUUUGAAUACAAAAGAGUGCGUUGACCAAUCAGUUGGUGCUCUUUUAACCGAAAAGGAAAAUGAGAUAAUAAAGAAACGCAAUGCACCUUCUGUAGAGAAGGCAGACGAUGAUGAUGUCGACCAGUUCCUGAAGUCAAUGGCGACCACCAUUCGGAAACUUCCCGCCCGUGCUGUAGCAGACGUAAAGUACAAGAUUCAUGGAAUAAUUCAUGAAGCAGAGAUGCUGUACAUGUUUCCUAGUCAGGACAAUUACAGUGUUGCAUCCACAACUGUACUUGACGACAGGCCAUCAGAUGCUUGUUCACCAUACGGAAAAGGUCGUAGCUCGAUCCAAGGCCAGUCUUCAAUGGCUGCAGCAAACGGACAGUUGAAUUCUUAUUCUUGUACACAUUAGUGUUGACUGCGUCCAGUAUAUUUUGUAAGUACACCGAGGAGAACGAAUGGCGAUACGUGGAUAUGCAGUUAACCAGCAUAAACUAUAAAGUACACAGUUUGGUGUGAUGCCCCAAAAGAAAAAAAAUUAUAGUUUGUCGUGUCAAGAAGUGCCUAUGGCACGGUUCCUUUCUGAUAAACAUGAUACGAAUUGGC